AUGUAUUUACCUCCAUUACCGCCAUUACCUCAACAUAAUAAUAAUACAAAACCUAUUGCCAAAAACACAUCAAAAUUACUCUCUAUAACUAAUACUUCUUUAUUACCAGCACCUGCACCAAUAGCAGAGCUACCUUGUGAUGAUCAGGACGGCCAUUAUAUUGUUAGACCGAAUGAGUCACUCACCAAACAAUAUAAAAUCAUGAGGCUCUUGGGUCAGGGCACGUUUGGCAAAGUAGUGGAAUGCUUUGACCGAGUACGCAGAACAUUUUGUGCCAUCAAGAUCAUUCGUGCUAUUCCCAAAUAUAGAGAUGCAAGUAAAAUUGAAAUUCGAGUCUUAAAUACCUUGAAACAACAUGACCCUUUGAACCUCAACAAAUGCAUUCAUUUGAUUGAAUGGUUUGAUCACCGAAAUCAUAUCUGUAUGGUGUUUGAACUUUUAGGGCAAUCUGUGUUUGAUUACCUCAAAUCGAAUCAAUUCAAACCAUUCCCUCAAAGCCAAAUUCAACAACUCGCUAAACAAUUGUUGACCAGUGUAGCGUUUAUUCAUGAUCUCAAACUAGUACAUACGGACCUAAAACCCGAGAAUAUCCUGCUGGUGAAUUCAGAGCUCGACAAGACAGAUAUUCGUCUGAUUGAUUUCGGUUCUGCUACAUUUGAAAAAGACUAUCACUCAGCCGUGGUCUCUACGCGUCACUAUCGUGCGCCUGAAAUCAUAUUAGGCAUAGGCUGGUCCUAUCCAUGUGACUUGUGGUCGAUUGGCUGUAUUUUGGUCGAGUUUUUUACGGGUGAUGCGCUGUUUCAGACGCAUGAUAAUCUAGAGCAUUUGGCUAUGAUGUUCUGUGUAUUAGGACACUUGCCAAAGCAUUUGGUCUUAGCUGCUAGUAAAGAAGCCCAAAAGUUCUUUGACAAGAAUACAAAGAAAUUGCGAUAUUCUAUCAACAAGAUCACACGUCAAAGUAAACGGUAUCCUAGUGGAUUAAAACCACUUGAUGAAAUUAUUCCUGCUACAAAUCUUCAUAAUACUUACUUGUUAGAUCUUUUAAAGAAGUUACUGGUCUAUGAACCAAGUGAGCGUAUUUCUGCCCGUGAAGCACUUCGACACCCCUUUUUUCAAGUUACUUUUUGA